AUGGAUGAUUUGCCAACUCGGAUCAGUGCAGCCACCAGCACUCCGCAGCUUUACGCCCUCGGGCUAUCGCGAUUUGCGCAAGUGUAUUUCACUUUCGAGAGCGCGUGGUUGGGACUGAUUAAGGAGGUUGAUCCAUCUGCACCGGCUUCCAAGUUCAUCGGUGAUGACCAUGGAGGGAUCAACCAUGUCCUCCGUCAGAUCUAUAUUCCAGAGAUCUUGAGAAGUGAUAGAUUGCGGUCUGAUCUCUCGAAAUUGACAUUAUGGACCGCCACAGAUCUCACUGUGGAGAACGAGCGGAACGGCAUGGCUGCUCGUAACUUUGUCUCGCAUAUCAACGACGUUAUCCAGCACAAACCCCAUGUCCUGCUGGCAUAUACCUGGAUCAUGUACAUGGCUUUGUUUAAUGGAGGGCGUUGGAUCCGCGGAAAGCUCAUGAAAGGCGGCCGCGAGUAUUGGGAAAAUGGCGCCAAGGGUCUAUCGUCUUUGAAGGGCAGAUCCGACGCAGCGCCGGUGAAUUCGGAAGAGGCACAUCCCUGUCUCUCGUUCUGGCUUUUUGACGGGGCGCAAGAUGGCGAGGCUAUUAAGAGAGACUUCAAAGCGCGCCUGAGACAAGCGGCAAACAGCCUCACAGAACCAGAGCGUAUCGACGUGAUUUCGGAAGCGAGAAAGAUCUUCAAUUUCUGCGAGGAGAUCAUUUUGGAGCUCGACGUGGAGGCCUCUAUUGAACGGUGUGUGUCGUCUUCAUCAUCGCCUUGUUCCCCGAAGAUAGAUACCACGACUCGCGAGGCACCUUGUGUCGAUUACCUUCGGUCCCUCCUGAUCGGCAUAGCUGGUGUGUUAUUGAGUCUGUGCCUCAUUCUGGCAAGUGAACAGCGAGGCGGCGCAGACAGUCAACCUGCUGCUUUCAAAGGGCAGAUUACCCAACCUAGAUACCCAUAA